UUCAGUAAUUUCGCCCAAAAUACCAAACUCUAAUCCUUUUUCCCUCCCUUGUUCGAGUUCCUUCUUCUUCUCUCCGGCGGCCGUCGACGGAUUCGGAGUUCUCCGGCCCCCGCUCCAUGGAAGUUACGGCAAAGAAAAAGGCAAUUCAAUUUCAUAUGGGUAUUUCUGGGUUUAACGGUUUUAAAAUUGAUAUUUAUAAUAAAUGGUUGAUAUUUUAUCAAAUCCCACAAAAAUAGAACGAUCUCCAAUUAAAAUUCUUGAUUUUUUUCAUUAAAAAAAAUAAUUUAAAAGCAAAUCCUCAGCAUUAUUUCAAAGGGUAUAGCCGGGUUGAACAGGAAGAGCUUUCUCGCAGGAAAUUUUUCAGAGAACCUCAAUUCAAUUCUCGUGCGGGUUAAGAAAUGGCGAGCCUCUGUGAUUUGCCGGAAGAAAUAGUGGAGAAAAUCAUGUUGUUGGUUCCUGCCGAUUCUGUAGUGCAAUUUAAAUUUGUGAACAGGUUUUUCUAUUCCCUUAUCUCGGCUUUCAUCAAGGACCCGAGAUUUGUUGCCAAACACCUCCUCAUUACCAAAAACCAGCCCUUUGCAUCAUUAUUUUUCAAUUCUCUCUCCCGUGAAGUCGAUCGUAGCUUAAUCACAUUCCCAUUGUUGACCAUUGAAUAUGAUCGUUUUAUAUCUGUCACAGAAGAUCUCAGCAUACCACUUGAUCAUAGUGAAACUUCUCGGUAUUUCACUUAUCACUGUGAUGGGCUGAUUUUGCUAGUCAAUGAUGUUGGGACAAUGGUGUUAUGCAAUCCUGCUUUGAAAGAAUCCAUGAUUCUUCCACAACCGAAGAACCUUAAGAUCAAAGGGCCUCCUUUCAAUCACAAUGGUGUUAUAGAAUUUGGACUUGAUUCUGUAACCAACGAUUUCAAAUGUGUUGCCAUUUGGUGCAAUAGAGAAAUGAACUGUUGUGAAGUUGAGGUAUACACAUUGGGUUCUGAUUCUUGGAGAGAGAUCAACAUGCCUCAAGACAUAGCAGACACUAUAAUAUCUUCUGAACUAAGCACUCGUUUAUGUUGGAGAGGAUUUUGUUACUGGUUGGUGGAACCAUAUGGUGAUGAUGAAAUUAAUUCGAUCCUCAGUUUUGAUAUGAGCAAUGAUGAAUUCCAUCUCAUACAUGUUCGAGAUUUCAACAUUUUCUUCACGAUGGAUGUUGCUGAAGCAGAUGCUUGUUCUUGGACCAAAUAUACGUAUGCUGGAAUCCCAGAAAAUUCUAAUGUUAAAUAUAUAUUUUGGAAGAAUGAUGAGAUUCUAAUGGAACUCGAGGAAAAUGGGCAGGAACAGUUGGUGUCUUAUAACAUUCGUAGCCGAAAGAUCAGAGAUAUUGUUUGUGAUCUAGAUAGAAUCAGAUUAAAGUAUUGGAUUAAUUUCUAUGUAAAGAGUCUGAUUUCUAUUAGGAAGAGAUGAAGAUGAAGUAGUUCGAUACAAGCAAAAAGGAGCUUCAAAGCUGUGGAAGUGAUUGAAUAUGGUAAUUCUAUUUUUCUUUAUUGCUUAGAAUGAUUAAACAUUUUUUUGUCUUUUGUUUUGGAGAGUGAACUCAACAUUUGUCCAAGACUAACACUUAUUUUAAGAACAUAUAUAUAUAUAUACUUAUUAGUUGGUGGCUUUA